AUGGUAAAGACUAUUAUCACCAUCACCAUCAUCAAGAAGCAUUCGCCCCAAUCGAUGGUCGGGAGGAAAAAUAAACCAACCAGCCACCACGACAACACCAGCAGAAUGUUGCAUGGGCGGGCCCAACAGCUGCUCAUUUUCGUAGCCUCUGCAGCAGCCACCUUCGGAGCUAUCACGCUGGCUGUGCUACUCAUACGCAAGAUAGGCGCCCACAUUUCCGGUGACGCGCUGCUCGUCGACCCCAAUGCCCGGUACACGGUGCGGCUUGAGCGCAAGAUCCCCGUCACUCACAACGUUCGCCUGCUGCGCUUCUCUCUGCGUAGCCGCUACCAGAGGCUGGGAAUCCACGUCGGUCAACACCUGCUUGUCUGCGCGAGUAUUCACGGCUGCCCGGUGACUAGACAUUACACUCCUGUGACCCGGUGUGAUCAAACGGGCCACUUCGACAUCAUCGUCAAGGUGUACCGCAUGGGCGAGUCCGAGGAACACCUCGAAGGGGGCCUCAUGUCCCAGUUUCUGGACUCAAUGCGCCGAGGGGAGAAAUUGAAGAUUCAGGGCCCACGAGGCAGCUUCAUUUACGAAGGCAAGGGGCGUUUCGUGACGGUCGACGGAAGCCGACUGCCGAAAGCAACCUGGAUUGGACUGAUCGCAGCGGGAAGUGGCAUCACGCCAAUGCUGCAGUUUCUGCGUCACGCUCUGGUGGAUCACAAAGACGAAACUAAAAUCGAGAUGAUUGACGUGAACAGCACGGAAGACGACAUAAUCGCGCGUCGGGAGCUAGACCACUACACCAAGGCCCAUGCCGAGCGAUUCAGGUGAGCAGCUGAGCCCUGUUAUUUCGAUAAGCGAGGGGUAACCACAGCACAACCGACACGCUUGGUCAGUGUGCAGGGCGCUGAACCGCUUGGCUCGGUACUUCUUGUGUGCUCAUCUGGAGUCACG